AUGGGCAGUCUGCACGGUGGCAGCUUCACAACUGGUCCAGGACAAACCAACCACAUGACCCUCGACACAAUGGACAGUCGUCAUACCUUGACACAGACAAAUGACCUCUCGUAUCAUUGGUUCCGACCCAGUGCAACACGUCAAGAGGCCAUACAGAUGCUCAUCAACAAGGAGCCCGGACGUUUCAUCAUACGUGCAAGCAAAUCUCAGCCAGAUUCCUACGCUCUUGUUGUUCGAGUGCCACUAACAGCCGGUGAGAUUUGA